CUUCAAGUGGGCGGACCUCCCUCCUCGGCUUCUCCAAGAUUGGCCGGGAGAACUCACCAAUGGGGAGCUCUGGGAGGCGGACCUAGAACGCCAACAGCUUGAGGAAGACCAGCAAAUUUCAAGUUGGCUGCGGCGUGUUUUCCGCGUGGGGGAGGGGCAGCAGGUUUUUCCUAUUGGAUGUCUGAAUCCCCAGGCCCCCUCCAUCAUGGCCAGCCGGGGUGGGGGCCGGGGUCGUGGCCGUGGCCAGUUGACCUUCAGCAUGGAGGCUGUGGGCAUUGGGAAGGGGGAUGCUUUGCCCCCACCCACCCUGCAGCCUUCUCCACUCUUCCCUCCCUUGGAGUUCCGCCCAGUGCCUCUGCCCUCAGGAGAGGAAGGGGAAUAUGUCCUGGCACUGAAGCAGGAGCUUCGAGGGGCCAUGAGGCAGCUCCCCUACUUCAUCCGGCCUGCUGUCCCCAAGAGAGAUGUGGAGCGUUACUCAGACAAAUAUCAGAUGUCAGGGCCGAUUGACAACGCCAUAGAUUGGAACCCUGAUUGGCGACGUCUACCCCGGGAGCUAAAGAUCCGAGUACGGAAGCUACAGAAGGAGCGGACCACCAUUCUACUCCCCAAGAGGCCCCCUAAGACCACAGAAGAUAAGGAGGAGACAAUACAGAAACUAGAGACCCUGGAGAAGAAGGAAGAAGAAGUGACUUCAGAGGAAGAUGAGGAGAAAGAAGAAGAAGAAGAGAAGGAAGAGGAAGAAGAAGAGGAGUAUGAUGAAGAAGAGCAUGAAGAGCUACAUUGGACCACCAGGAAAAUAACUUGCCUGGAUAUUAUUUCUUGCUUUUAAUGGUCACGAUUUUUGCCAGAAGAUGAGACAAUGGAUGUCCUCCAGCAUCACAUCUAUGUACAUAUUUCUCUGCAAUGUGUCCAGCAGGUCCCACUCUUUGUGGGUGAGUUCUACAAACACGUCUUCAAAGGUCACUGAUCUCUAAAGCAUCAUGGAUAUUCUGGUUCAGUCAGCAUCAUUCUUUCCAGUGCCUCCCAUGACUUGCUGUAUUCUGUUGGUCAGAAGCCAGUCAGUAGCCACUCAGUAGUUGCACAAAGAGUGGAGUUUCCUCACUGGAUGUGGAUCACAGUCUGUGGCUGGGAACAUCCAGAAGUGGGGUUCAGUGUUCUCCCCAAGAACUGGGAAAAGUGGCUGCAUUCUGGAAAUAACUGAAAGUGAUGAAAAUCCAGCCUCAAUCAUCACUGAGAAGGUGGGGAUAAACCGCGUGGGGCGGCCGGAAACGAAGGCACGGUGACGGGAGGAGGGUGCAUGACCCCUUUUCACAGGUUGGGGUGCGGGCGGGGAGCGUCUUCUUCCCGCAGCCCCGCCAGCAGCCACGCGGGCCCCGAAGCCGCCACAUGUGCUCCCGCCACCGCCAUGGCGCCUCCCUUCCCCACAUAUAUUUUUAAAAUCCUCACUUCUAAGGUUGUUACUAUUACUCUUUCCCAUUUUACAGAUAAACUGUAGCACAGAGAAGGUUAAACAAGUUGCAAGGUCACACAGCUAGUUAAGUGGUGGAAGUAGGAUUUGAAUUUAGAUAGUUUGGCUCCAGUUGGUGUUGUGCUUAAUUACCACACUAUACUAUUUCUCCUUAAUAGUAUAGGGAGACUGAUCCCUGAACUUCUUCUAGGCUAUAGACUCACCUAUUGGGCCAGGAGCUGCAGCCCUGGUUCUGCAGUCAUCUCUGAGAGGGAGUUUUUCAGCUUUGGAAAUGGAAGUGAACGUAGAGUCAGAACAGAGAAUGGGGCAAAAGUUUCUUUCUUUCCACUCCAGAACUAUUGAGGUCAGGAUGCUUGGGACAGGGGCCGUCAGAGGGUCAGUAAAACAUUCUCCUUAUCCAUCUUAUGCAUUCCAUCACCUAGGGAUAGUCUGAGGAAAAAAUACUAGGAAGGGGUCUGUAUACUACUGAAAGAACUGGGCAAAAGUAACUCUUUUACCCCACUUCAUAACCUUCAGCUCUUAGGUGAUUGUUUUUUGUUGACCAGGUGUUUGGUCAGAUCUUCUCUCCAUACUUUUCCCUCCCGAUGCCUCAACCCAAGUUAUAUCCUUGUUUUUCCAGUCUGUUCAGAGUUAUCAAGGUAGCCAAGAAUCCUGGUUGUGGAAGUAUCUGUUCUUUCCUUGUUAAUUUUACUUUCUCUAGCUCUUUUCUCUCUUUAGUUUUCUUUCUGUCUUCUCUCAGAUCUUCCUAUACCAGAUUGGGCCUAAUGAAUAAAUGAUACUAAGAACUGGAUCUCCUCAAAUGGCUGUACAUGUAGGUUAUAGCUCUUUAAAAAUUAAGUGUCAUAUGAGAAGAGCAAAGGAAAGGAAGACCCAAGGUAUCCACCCACUUAAGUGGAGAAACAGCUGGCCUGGGACCUAAGGAAGAGUACUUAAGCAACCCUAUGUGCAGAUGUCCUGGGGUGGGGUAGAAGUUGUGUAUCGAAGGCAAAAGGAAGUCCAGCGGAGACUUUUGUGCUCUAAGGGAGGGAUGCGUUUCCUCUGGAUGAACAGCUAUAGCUGCUUCCUUCCUUCCUCAGAUUUUGCUGUGCUGUUCAAUAUGAUAGUCACUAGUCACAGGGAGCUAACUAAAUUUAAAAUAAACAGAAAUAAAAAUUCAGUUCAUCAGGAAGAGUAGCCACAUUUCAGAGCUCACUAGUCACAUGUGGAUAGUGGCUACCGUAUUAGGGCAAAUAUAGAACGUUUCCAUCAUUACAGAAAGUUCUGUUGGCCAGUGCUGGAUUUGAGGUAUUAGGGUAUCAGGAGGAGGUGCAUAUGUUCUGGCCCUUCAAGGAUCAAAUCUCUAUCAGACCUUGGGUGUAAGUUAUCUACCCUCUCCAUCCCCUUCUCAUAUCACGUACCAGUAGCCAGGCUGUAUAUACAAACAACCAGGCUUUUGUGCUCCAUGGUCUCUCCAUCUCUUUGUCCUGCCCUCUGGCCUGCUCUUGUCCUUGGUCUAUCCCUCCAGUCCCUGCAAAACAAGCUCCAGAAAAACUUUUCCAUCAACUUUGACUUAGUUUUCUGGUCACAGAGUUGAAAAAGGGCGGAGGCACUAAAUUCUUGAACAGGUAAGAAAAGGAGGCAGAGGUGAGAGUAAAGGUCACAGUCACCAUGGCAGCAGAGCUAGAGACUGACACCUUGGUAAAAAAAAAAAAACGACAACGGCCAGUAGAGAGCAAAAGAGCUGCUGAGAAUGAAAGAUAGAUGCAGACAAAGAUUGAAGUGGAAAAGAAUCUUUUCAAUCCUACUUUCUGUUCAAUUUACAUUGAUUUUAUGAACUUCCAGGAGCCUGAGGUCUGGAAUUACUAUGUGGAGGUCCAUAGAAAAGCCAACCCCCAAAUAAGGGCUAGGACUAGAUUUGUCUGCAGAUUUAAAUGAACCAGAAAUCAGAACGUACUCUAACCUCUGCCAUCUCAGGGUUUCUCAUCACUAGUCACUCCUAGUCACUCCUUUCGGAAUAAUAAAAAUCAUUUCAAUUA